AGCUCCGGCGGCGGGAGGAGCGGUAGCGGCCAGGCAGCCCAGCUUCGCGAAGGCUCUCGGCGCGCGGCGGCCCGCAGGCACCCGGCACGCGCCCGCCCCGCCGCCACGAUGCCCAAGAGGAAGGUCAGCUCCGCCGAGGGGGCGGUGAAGGAGGAGCCCAAGAGGAGGUCGGCGAGGUUGUCAGCUAAACCUGCUCCUGCAAAAGUGGAAGCGAAGCCAAAAAAGGCGGCGGGAAUGGAGAAAUCUUCAGACAAAAAAGUGCAAACAAAGGGGAAAAGGGGAGCAAAGGGAAAACAGGCUGAAGUGGCUAACCAAGAAACAAAAGAAGACUUACCUGCAGAAAACGGAGAAACUAAGAACGAGGAGAGUCCAGCCUCUGAUGAAGCAGGAGAGAAAGAAGCCAAGUCUGAUUAGUAUCAUAUCCCACGUCUUACCAGUGGUCCCUGUCUCCCUUCUUGUACAAUCCAGAGGAAUAUUUUUAUCAACUAUUUUGUAAAUGCAAGUUUUUUAGUAGCUCUAGAAACAUUUUUAAGAAGGAGGGAAUCCCACCUCAUCCCAUUUUUUAAGUGUAAAUGCUUUUUUUUAAGAGGUGAAAUCAUUUGCUGGUUGUUUAUUUUUUGGUACAACCAGAAAAUAGUGGGAUAUUGAAUAUGGGAGGCUUUGAUCGUCUUGGGUGUCAGCUUAACAUUCCAUAGAUGGGGUAGUUUUUAUAUCCUAUAAUACCAAGCAUACUAAAUGGCAAUUUGGAGUCAGUUGUGCAUUUAAUAUGUCUUGAACAUUUUAAAUUACUUCUAUUCCCAUGUUGUUUUUGGUAGAAUUGUUUCCUAAAGAAAACCACUCCUUGAUCUUGGCUCUCCCUGUCAGAAUUUUGUGCAUUCUGUAACAUCUUGGUCGUGGUAGUCCAGUUUCCUAGUAACUUUGUUAAUGUGCUGUGCGAGAUUGAAAAUUUGAGUAUGUAGCGUAUAUGACAUUAAAUUGUGAAUUAAUGGGA